GGGCAAAAUGGGUUUUGCUUUCUUCUCGAGGACACCUACUUUCUAGCUAGAAAAACACAGAGGCUCCACUGCUCUUUGCCGACUUGCCUCACUAACCUGACUCUGUUCAGGAAAACAUACGGAGAAAGUGGAAAAAUAGUUUCUUUAGAUUAACCAGAAGCUUUACACUAUUACUGCUCACGUAUUCAUGUAGCAGUUUCAAGAAUCAAACAUGGCAAAUCGCUGGUGGGCAGGAAAUGUUGCCACGAGAGGUAUUGAUCCAAUCUCUCCAUCUCCAUCUCUUCAUCUAAGAAACCCAGAGGAAGAUGCUGCUGGUUUCAGUCGGUUGGGUUCAAGAAGAGAACAAGAUUAUAUUGACAAUACCAAAACAAACACCACCAAUAGUAUUAAUAGCCCUAAAACUGUCUCCAUUACCACCACCCCUACCCAAAACCAAGAAGAACAGGAAGACAGCAGAGACAACAACCAAGAAUCUGAAGAUCUUAAUACAGCUCUUGAAACCAUUGAACCAGGUGGCGGCGGCAGCUCGUCUCGCAGACCUAGAGGCCGCCCACCUGGUUCAAAGAAUAAACCAAAACCACCCGUUGUCAUUACUAAAGAAAGCCCUAAUUCUCUCCGCAGCCAUGUCCUUGAAAUCAGCUCAGGCAGUGAUAUUGCAGAGAGCAUUUCUAAUUUUGCUCAACGCCGCCACCGUGGAGUUUCAAUUCUUAGUGGAAGUGGGAUAGUAACUAAUGUUACUCUUAGGCAACCUGCAGCGCCUGGUGGGGUUAUUACUCUUCAUGGAAGGUUUGAAAUUUUAUCCUUAUCAGGUUCAUUUCUGCCUGCUCCUUCGCCUCCAGGUGCAACAGGGCUGACUGUAUAUUUGGCUGGUGGGCAAGGUCAGGUGGUAGGAGGGACAGUGGUGGGUCAAUUGGUGGCUGCAGGGCCAGUAAUGGUGAUAGCUGCAACAUUUAGUAACGCUACUUUUGAAAGGUUGCCAUUAGAAGAAGAACAGGACGGGCAGCAAUUGCAGCAACAGCAGCAAGUGACUUCAGGGACUAAUGCUGCUGCUGCUGGUGGCAGCAGUGGUAGCGGCGGUAGUGGUGGUGCUAAUAAUUCAGGGUCUCAAUCCUCUCAGCCUAUAGCCGAGGCUGGUUCAAUGCCUGUAUUCAAUUUGCCUCCUAACUUGCUACCCAAUGGGCAAAUGCCACAUGAGGUGUUUUGGGCUCCUCCUCCUAGACCACCUCCCUCUUUUUGAGAGAGAGCGGAGGUAGAGUUGUUAGUUUGGAUUAGCUGACUUGAUAUAGUGAUAUGUGCAAAAAGUGUUCUUUCUGGACAGUUUCAUGUAAGCAUAGCAAGGAAAGGUAGGACUUUUUGGAUUAGUUCUUGUGAAAAAAAAGAAAAAAAUAGCUACCUUUGAUCAAACAGGUUUCGCUGUGUGUUAAAACUUGUGGAAGAAUCUGUUAAUUUUCUCUCUAAUCAAAGUUCCUUUUAAUUAUUUUUGGAAGAACAUUCGUAUUCAUUUGUUUUUGUAGGAAAAGAAGCAUAUUCAAGAACUCAAGUUGGUGUAAAAUGGAAAUUUUUAUGGCAGGAAUCAGAGAAAUCAAAAACUCGUUCUUUUUCUUUC